GUGAUGAAUGGCAGUAUUGAUUGUGAUUAAUUAUGCUUUGUUUACUUUUAAAUAAAAAACUCAAAUGUACUGUAAUGUGUUUUAUUACUGGCUGAAGCGUGCAGACUGAAAUAAGAAUAGAUCUAGUGCUGCUUUUUCACUGAAUAAUCGCUGCUCUGUGGAUGUCAUCCAAACAUGGCAUAAACCCUACAUGACUGUGGCUGGUUCCACCAUGUAGAGGAGGAAAAGGGUGGGAGUCUAUCGAAUGAAAAAGCAGGGGUAAUGGCCCCCCCCGCCUUAGCUGUCGGCAUGAGCUAAGCUUGGCCUGUAACUCCAGUCUUCAGCGUGACUCUGGUUUGUGAACCUUGACGGGCAGCCGCUGGUGAAGCAGCUGUCAGACUGAAGGAGCCGCUGGGCAUUGGGCUGGGUAUCGUUUAGCCAUGAUGGCGUGGGCCGUUUGAGGCUCUCUCUCUGCCGCAGCCUGCGUACGAUGGGAGCGACAAGCAGCGUGAAGAAAUCGCGUCACUCCUCCUCCUCCAGCAGCUCGAACGAGCGAGCGUACAGCUGUCCGGACUCGGCUGACUCUGAGGAUAUGGCAGAGUUUAAGGUCCAGAUGGCGAAGCACCCCCACCAGUCCCCCCUGCGGCCGCCAAGCGAGCACUCCAAGGACCGGGCUCUCAAACGGCUGUCUUCUGAGUCCAACGGAACCAGCGAGGGCGGGGCAGGCUCCUCCACCCCUGUGGAGCUGACCGCGCUGGAGGAGUCCUUCCGCCGCUUCGCCAUCCACGGUGACACGCGCGCCACCGGCAAGGAGAUGCACGGGAAGAACUGGUCCAAGCUGUGCAAAGACUGCGGCGUCAUCGACGGCAAGAGCAUCACGCUCACCGACGUCGACAUCGUCUUCUCCAAAGUCAAGAAGAAGUCCUGUCGCAGCAUCACGUUCGAGCAGUUUAAGGAGGCGCUGAUGGAGCUGGCCACGAAACGCUUCAAGGAGAAGUCAGCUGAGGAUGCUGCCGAGGAGGUCUUCAAGAUGAUAGAAGGAAAGUCGCCGGUCAUAUCCGGGGUGACGAAAGCCGUGGCCUCCCCAACUGUGUCACGGCUGACUGACACCACCAAGUUCACGGGUUCACACAAGGAGCGUUUCGACCAGACGGGGCGAGGCAAGGGCAAGGCGGGCCGCGUGGAUAUGGUGGACACAUCCGGAUACGUCUCGGGGUAUAAGCAUGCCGGCUCGUACGAGAAGAAGGUCAAGCCCGGCUCCAAGCAAAUGUGACAAAGGAGCGAGCGACCGGAUCAUGACAGGCACCUGCCCGCGGUGUUAAUGUUCCAGAAAUUUCUACAAAAGCACAAAAACCGGACAGGACUGAAUUCACUCAUCUAUUUUUUUCAGUGAAAGAUCUGAGUGAGCUCAUUUUUCUGAAGUGUGAGAACUGGAAUACAGUUUACAGAUGCUGGGAUGGAGACAGACUGCUUACAUUCCUCACAAAAGGCACAUUUCCGGCAAGAUUUCAAACUGAUGGGGGAGAGAAACGAGUCUCGAGGCUCGUAAACAGAUGAAAAGAAGCAAAUAACAUGGCGCCCAAUAAAAGCUUAACAAAGAUGACUAACUACUUCAGUGUUGCACUUUUAAAUUUUAUUUAUUUCUUCCUUCUUAAAACGGUGUUGCAGAUAUGCAUAAAGAUGAAAUACUCUCAUUUAUUCAAUGAUGCCAACCAGAAUUCUCUGCUUUCCCAGUUUUUCCCCUUUGCCUAACAUUUUAGUUUCUGAUUAGUUAAGCAGACAUAUUUUUUGAACAAAUUUAACCGUUUGCCUUUAGAUUAAUGUAGUGUGUCAUAAAUAUUAAAUUUUUUCAUUCAGCUCCUUAGGUUAUUCAGUAACAACGAUAGUUGUCUCAUCAAAAAUAUAUUUUUCUCUUAGCAGAAAGAUUGUAUGUAUUUUCUGUAUAUCAUAUAAAGAUGAAAUCCUUUUAUCUCAGAUCCUAUUCACCAUUAUAAGGUAUCAGUACUGUAUUUUAACUUCCGUACCUUUUUCUUCUGUUGAGGUGCAUGUCAGUUGUCAUUCUUGUAAUUAAUAUCACAAGCAGUUCAUCAGGAGCCAGUCGUCACGGCUCCCUUCCAGGCUUCCUAAUCCUGAAACCCUUGUUAAUUAUCUGGGCUUUAAUCAAAACUGAUUCUCAAGUAAGUCGUCGGAAGUGUAAGAUAUUUGUGGUAUUUGUGACGUCGUUCGCUGUGGCACCGCUUGUCCAGUUUAGGCCUGAACUUUCUGCUCUUGCUUUAGAUUUCUAUGAAGUUCCCAUUUCUAUUCAAUGUUGUUUUAAAAGGCUUUGGGGUCUAAGCUGCAUCCUCUUGCACUUUGCUGUAGCAUGUGGACCCGCCGCAUAUUCAGGAUAAACAAACAUGAUCCUGAUGCUUGCAGGAAUAACGCAAAGACAUCAGGUGAAAACUUCAGCCCUCAGGUGUUUAUCUGCCCUUAACUCUAAGUGGGUUGAAUUCCCCUCUUCGUGUUUCAUGAAGCCAAUACAGCAAGACCAAUGUUUGGACACUGGGGGCCAGCAGGAUAACCACUAGUUAUAAUUCACUUAUAAAUGCUGCACUCAUGUCCAAAGGUACCAGGGUCAUACACAUCUUGACUCUGUGCCGAAAUGUAGGCCCUGCUGGGCUCUGGGAGGGAGCAAAAACGCAGACUGUGUGGGGCGGGGGGGGGGGGGGGGGUGUCUAAGGACAGGGUUGGAAUCGACUAUUGAAUCUCCUACCAAAACCUACCAAGACAUCAGGCAGAUAGUGUCAACACCAUACUGAAUGUUUAUUUAUAUAUAGAUAUUUAAAUAUAUAUUUGUGUGUAUUGUAUAAUGCAAUGUAAUUGCAUCUCGAUUCCUGAGCAGCAGUGUAAAGUAUGUGCAUUUUAGAUUUCAUUGCGGUAAAUUGUCCUACAGAUAUUUUUGUGACGCUUAAUCUUGGCCCAGUCUCACCCUCGGCCGCUUUACUCAGAGAAAUCGCUUCCUUCCACCAGCAAUUAAGGGUGGAAAGACAUCAAAUCACAAAACUCCCAAAUGUGCCGCACUAUUUUGUACAAAGGAAGGUCUGGGUGGAAUACGCAGGGCUCCUCAAACUCACACCAGAUGUACGUCUGCAGAACCUGACGUUCUAAACUUAUAAAACGAAAUUAUCUGUGAGCUACUUUGACGUAUUAAGCUAUUACACCAGGCUGUAAGCAUUUCUUUAACCUGUUGUGUAGCGUAGAACCAUUGUCAUGGCAUCAGGGUAAAAUGUGACUCAAGCACUGCCUCAGUUAAUUAUUUGCCAAGAAACACUGUAAAGUAGGACAUGUGAUUCGCGUCUAUAUUCGGACUGUGAUACGCCUGGCAUACACCCAUUUGCUGUAUGUCAUUAAUUAGCUUAUUUCCACUAUUAAUUUCAAAGUGUUAGAUGCUGGUUUGUGUGUUUAAUACCAAAAUAUUGUGCACCUUUUGUUUAGGAAAUGUAAUAACGUCUUUGAAUUUGAAACCUGUGUUGGCCCGGUGCAUGCAAUGUGAUUUUUGACAUUGUUACUUUCAAUAAAGGUAAAUCUUUAGUAUCUGCA